AUGAACCGCAGCUGCCCGAACGGCAACGGCAUCAGUCGCUCUCCUUCCCCCGAGCCUUCGCUGCCGGACAACUCACCAACCCUCCCCCGUUCUCCAGCCGACGCCGAUUCGGCCGACCAGCUCGCCAACCAGCUCGAACGCGCACGUCUGAGCACGCCUCCGCCGUCUGCGCCCGUCCCAAUUGCACUGCCCUCUCCCGUCGGCUCCACCAUCACCAACUUUGAGGAGGAGGGCCACCGCCGCGCAUCCCGUCCCGGUACGCCUUGCCGGAGCUGCGGUGACCGGUACCUUUGUCCAACCUGCGGACUUUGUGGCCGCUGCGGACGCGAGUACGCACCUUCGCCGGAGCCUGAGCCCACCCCCGAGCUCACUCCCGAAGAUUCGAACGCCUCUACGUUUUCUGGGCUCUGGUCCAUGUCCUCCUUCGGUAAUGGCGGCGUGCAGCCUCGCCGCAUGCUGGAGGUGACGGUGAGAGGGCGCGACGUCAUCAACGCAGCAGUGGCAGGUUCGGCUCUCGGACGUCAGUUCAUGCUCAGCGCGAACGGAGUCAACUUGCUGAGUGUCGAUCAGCUGCGGCGCGUAGGUGAUUAUUUUGCGGGUGUCUGGCCGAACAGCAGCGACGAGGUGCCUGCUGGCACUCACUACUCGUGCAAUGGCCAGACUGCCAUCUUCAGGUUCGAGAUUGAGGAGCGCGACUUGACCGGCGGCACUGCCGUUGGUUAUCACAUGGCACAGUGGGCCCAGGCGGCUCUUGGCGGGAUGUGGGAGCAUAGUGUGGCCGUCAUUCAGAGCAGCGAGGACCGGAGCGGGAGCGCUUGA